AUGCCGCUGGAGACCAUAAACCUCUCUGGAAAGGAUGCACAGGAUGGGGAGAAAUUCACUCCAACACCCGAGGAGCUGCGCACCAUCCAGGAGAAGAUGAAGGACCCCAAGUUUGUGGAGCUUUUCCACAGUUACAUGAAGUCCAUGGAGGACCCCGAGACACGCCGGGAGGAGGAGGCUUAUCUCAAGCAAGUGGAGCACCAGGCAAAGGCGGGCGGUGACUACAGCUUUGACUUUGUCUUUCCAAAACCGGGGUUUGUGGUGGAGCUGCUGGAGCCGUCCACGUCUUAUCAAGUGACGCACCCGUCAUUGAAAGCGGAGAGCAAAAAGAAGAAACAUGUUCCUCGGGUGUACGUUAACAUGUGUAGUAGCGAGAAGAUUGACCCCUUUUCUGAGCAAUCCACAGGAGACAGGGAGAAGAGCAAUUGGCUUGUACCGGUGUCUGUAUCAAAACCGAGAACGGAGCUGUUUUCGGAAGAAGUGGCAACGUCGGGGAAGACGGGAGAAAAACAAACUCAUGAAAGCGGGGAGGGAACAAACCCCGUCGUUGUAUAUGACGCCUUGUUUCAUCCAAACACGCUGCAGUUAACAGAUCGCAGCGAUCGCUUUUGUUGUUUUUUAGUGAACAUUGCCGUAGAACAUAUCAAUAGCGGUUAUGGCGAUUGCCAUGGAUUUGAGUUUCGUCGUCUGCCUAGCCGCAUCCAAUCGGUGGGAACCCCACAGAACCAGACGAUUAGCCGCGAGAAGGGGAAGUCGCCAUUUGCGGCUGCGAUGAACGAGCAGGCACUGGCGCAUCCGACAAAAGUGCUUCCACCUUUGACCUCCACCAGCGAGAAGGGGAGGACGACGCCCUGUAACAAGGGAAAAGAAACUAGUGGGGUUCAGGCAAAGAAAAAAACCGAUGGAGAAGCUGGUGAUAAAGUGGAGAAGAAGGAACAUAUUCCUCACUUUACAAUUGCUCACCAAGGACAUAUUGAUCUCACUGAUACUUGGGGAUGGAAAAUUGUGGAUCGGCGCGUUGGUGUGCCUGAGGCUCUUGUCGUCAAGAUGGAUUUUACAGGCGUGCAGUCCGCGGCGGACCUCAACAUUGAGGUAGAAAGCACAUACGUAAUCAUUGCGAAGAGUUCCUCACAUCCCUAUUAUGGGAGCGUGACGCUUCCCUUUUCGGUGGAGUCAACGCCAUUGGAGGCGAAGUUUGAGCGACGAAAAUCCCGGCUCACGUUGGUGCUGCGCGUCGUGCCCCCAGCACCAACAGGAAUAACUGCGGAAGAUAUGCGACAAGAAUUAAUUUCUGCUGGGGACCCACCGGACUCGGUGACGGAGCACGCCGAAGAUGUGGUCACCGAGAGGAAAAACAAAGAUUCCGCGCAGGACUCAGCUACUGCGGGUUGCGUUGCGAAUGAUGAAACUUCCACCGUCAGCGAUUUACUGCCGGCGGAGGCCCGUCCCACUGCGGUGGAGUUGCCUAAAGAGACGCCAUCCGUCCCGCAGUUUUCCUGCGUUGGGGAUCAGGAUCGUGUACGAAUCGUGAUGGAGAAGGUGCAGGCAGCGAGGCUGGAGCGUGAGAAGGCCGCCGCCGCAGCGGAAGAACAAGAGGUAAGUUUUGCAAAAACAGGAUCCGAUCCGCAGGAAAAGGAAAAUGAUGAUGACCCCGCGAAAGAGUCUGCCGGAAAUCCUGAGCAUGAACCCCAACGAGAGGUAGUAACUGGAUCCACCGCGUUGGAGGCAGCAGCUUCAACUCCAACUUUCACGCUCACAGAGGUGUCGGCGACGGCAGGUGCGGAUGAUGCUGUACAUGUUGAGGAUGGCACAAAGACUGCGGAGGGCGCUGCAGGACUGGAAUUGCUGCGGCAGAGGCAGGAUGCAUGGCAAAGAGAAAUACACCGACGCACUGAGGCGAGGCAUGAUGAGGACCGAGAGAAGGCGCUUAUUGCUGAUCGCGAAGCACGCCGUGAGGCCGAGCGCUUGAGGAGAAGAGCGGAGGCGGCGAAGCUUCAGGAGGCGGCGGCGGUGAAGCUUGCCGAGCGCAUGGCUGAACUCCCGCUUCGUAAUAGACACAUCUUUACAGUAGACUAA